GCCUUGUAUCAUGUGACCUCUGUGAUCAUUCACAGAUUUCACUAGUAGUAAGUAAUGAUGUCAGGAAGUGACAUCUUGCUUACUACUAGUCCUGUGAUCACUGAUUGGCCAAUCAGUGAUCACAUGACCGGGACCUCACACAGAGGUCCCGUACAACGAUCGGUGUUCUGCUGUGAUCGCGGGAGCAUGCACAAUCCAAAAUGGCAGACGUCAUUUAUGAACAGCAACCCGCCACUGUCUGGCCCUUUAUAUACAGCAACCAGACGGGAAGUGGUUAAAAUUCUACAAUUGCAUUGCCAGUAACAUUUUAUUGGUUAGCUCUAA